GGAGCCCAGACUUUGACACGCGUGGAGGCUUUAUUUGGUCACCAUAAACACAUGAAACAAUGAUCAGCAUGGAUCACGUCUGGAGGAAGAUCUGCUUUGCUAUAAUAGUUAUCUCUGAGAAGAUCAGCCAAUCGCAGACAUUCAAUGUUGGCACUGCAGGAGCUAAGAUUUUCAGCGGCCCAGCUUCAGAUCAGUUUGGCUACACAGUCCAACAAGCAACAAAUCAAUGGCUCCUUGUUGGUGCUCCUUGGGGUGGAAACAGGAAGGGGGAUGUUUACAAGUGUAAAGUCUUGGGAUCCAGUAACAGCUGUGACAAGCUCAACCUUCAAGAUUCUGUUAGUAUCCCAGAUGUUCUGAAUGUCAACGCCAACAUGUCUCUGGGUUUGACUCUUGCUCGCAUCCCUACUGGAGACAAUUUUAUGAUGUGUGGUCCUCUUUGGGGACAGCAGUGUGGUGAUCAGUACUUUUAUCCAGGUAUUUGCGCAAAACUCGACGCCCUCUUUCAGCCUCAACCUGCCUUCUCUCCAGCUGUUCAAACAUGUGGAGGACCGAUGGACAUUGUGAUUGUUUUGGACGGCUCAAACAGCAUUUAUCCCUGGAAACCGAUGACCGAUUUUCUGCUCAAAUUAAUACCCUCAUUAGAUAUCGGGCCUCAAAGUACACAGAUGAGCGUCAUUCAGUAUGGUGUUAACCCCAAGGUCGAAUUUAAACUGAAUUCAUACACAACCAAAAAGGAGAUGAUUGGUGCAGCAUCCACUAUCACACAGAUAUACGGUACUGCUACCAAUACCUUCCGUGCAAUCCAGUUCGCCAGUCAGCAAGGUUUUGCUGAAAUCAACGGUGGCCGACCCGGUGCUGCCAAAGUCCUGGUGGUUGUUACUGAUGGGGAGUCUCACGAUAAGGCAAACAGAGAUAAUGUCAUCGCUGAGUGUGAGAAGCAAGGCAUCGUCCGAUUUGGUAUUGCGGUGUUGGGUUAUUACAUCAGAAACAACAUAGAUACAGACAACCUUAUCCAGGAAAUCAAGUCCAUUGCCAGUGCACCCACAGAGAAGUAUUUCUUCAAUGUAUCAGAAGAAGCAGCCCUUUCUACCAUCGCUGGGACUUUAGGAAACCGCAUCUUCAACAUAGAGGGUACUGGAAAAGGAGAAGGUAACUUCCAGAUGGAGAUGUCCCAGGUCGGAUUCAGUGCAUACUACUCCAAACAGCAGGAUGUGAUGAUGCUUGGAGCAGUGGGAGCCUACGCCUGGAGUGGGACUGUCAUCCAUCAGAAAGGAUCUAAAUCAACCAUUUUCCCGUUCUCUGCCUUUGAGGGAACGCUUCAAGAGAGAAAUCACAGCUCACUGCUAGGUUAUGGUCUCACCACGCUGACUGAUGGGUCUAUAGAAUACUUUGUAGCUGGAGCACCUCGCUCCAAUCACUCUGGACAAGUAAUCGUCUACACUGUGAACACCCAGAAGCAAGCUGCUGUUGUGGAUUCAGCAAGAGGAAAACAGAUUGGAUCAUACUUUGGGAGUGUUCUGUGCUCGCUGGACGUGGACAAUGAUGGGGUGACAGACAUGCUGCUGGUUGGAGCUCCCAUGUACAUGAGUGAGCUGAAGAAAGAAGAAGGCAGGGUCUACUUAUUCUCUGUCACCAAGGGAAUACUAAAUGAACAGGGAGUCCUCAGUGGUCCGCCUGGAAAUGAAAAUGCACGUUUUGGAAUGGCCAUCUCUGUCAUUCCUGACCUUGAUCUCGACGGUUACUGUGAUGUUGUAGUUGGAGCCCCUCUGGAGGACAAGGAAAGGGGUGUUAUUUACAUCUACAAUGGCUACAAGAGGGGUCUAACCAAAGAGUUUUCACAGAGAAUCCCGGGCUCCAAAUUGGAUCCUCAGCUUCAAUAUUUUGGAAGAUCUCUAGACAGCAACCAAGACCUGAAUGGUGAUACCAUUCCUGACAUCUCCAUUGGUGCUCAUGGAAAAGUUAUUCAGCUCUGGUCCAGAGGGGUGGCAGUUGUUACCACUACAGCCUCCUUCAACCCGGACAAGAUCAACAUUUUAAACAAAGCCUGUGACAUCAAUGGACGCAAGCUUUUUUGUUUCAAUGCGAAAGUCUGUUUUAGUGCUUCAUUCAGACCCAAGAAUCCAGCGGGACCCAUAGAUAUAUCCUACACAUUGACUCUGGACGUUGACUUGAAGGAUUCACGGGUGACUUCAAGGGGACUGUUUACAAUAAAUCAUGAACGCUACCUGAAAGAGAAGGCCAAAAUAUCAUCAUCACCCCUAUGUGUAGAUCGCCAGGUUUAUGUUCAGGAAACGCCAGACUUUGUAAAUUCCCUCAGUCUGAAAGUAGAAGUUAAGCAAGAAAAUCCAGACGUGAACCCUGUCCUCGACAACAUUUCUCUAACAGCAUUUGAGUUCUUUGUCCCUUUCACCAAAGACUGUGGGUCUGAUGAAGUGUGUGUUAAUGAUCUGGAGCUGAAUGUGAAGACAGACAGUAAGGGGACCAGCUCAAAUCCCAUUCUGGUCACCGCCAGUAAUCGAGAACUAAAAUUCGAAGUUGUUGUGAAAAACAAAAAUGAGAAUGCAUACAACACACAGGUCUUGGCCACCUUCUCCAGUAACCUCUACUACUCCACUGUGUUUCCUACAGAAGGAGUCAAAUGCACAUCAACACUAAAAGAAACAGUCACUUGUCAGGUGGGAUAUCCAGUGUUAAAGAAGAACCAGGAGGUUAGAUUUCAGAUCACAUUUGAUUACAGCUUUGAUUAUCUGCAAAACCAAGCAGAGGUGAAAUUUGAGGCCAAGAGUGAUGGAAAAGAGGAAAAACCUGCCGACAAUACUGUGCAAAUAUUCAUUCCAGUGAGAUACGACACAGGAGUUGCAUUGUCCAGGCAGUCAAACAUCAACUUUUAUGUGGCAGACUCAACCAAUCAAGUGGUAACAAUGGUGAAAACUCUGGAUGACAUCGGCCCAGAGUUUAACUUUACAGUCAAGGCUUCAACAGGUGUCUUCCCUGUCAGCCUCCUGUUUCUUACUAUAAAUCUCCCAAUGAGAACAAAAGGUGGAAAUCAGCUCCUGUAUUUAACCAGCCUGGAAACACAACCUGAGGGAUCUGUCAGCUGUGACACCAGUCUAGUGAAUCCUCUGCAGAUUGGUGUCAAAGACCAGAAGGUUUCCUUCUCAGAGGAGAGUCUCAGAGGUAUAAAGACACUGGACUGUAAAAGUGCAAAAUGUGAGAAAAUAGAUUGCAUCCUUAAAGACACUAAAAUUAAGAGUGACUAUGUGGUAAAGAUCAAAACAAGAAUCUGGAAUGGCACACUAAUCACGGCCUCUUUUCAGACCAUAGAACUGACCUCUAGCUUGGAUGUGGAGACCUCCAACCCAGAUCUGCUCAUCAUCCAACACAAGCAUCUCGAUGUGGUGGUGACAGUCAGCAAACCUGGAGAGACAGCUGAUGUUCCAGUUGGUGUGAUUGUAGGUAGUGUCAUAGGUGGACUGGUGCUGCUGGCUCUGGUUGUUGGACUGCUGUAUAAGAUUGGAUUUUUUAAAAGAAAGUACCAACAACUUCAGAUGGAGGAGGAUGAGAACGGACAGAGCCAUGCACAUGUUGAUGAAGUUCUGUGAGAAGAAACCCUUCAGCACUUUCUGCAAAGCUCCAGUGCUGCAAUGGCACAUCUAAAGUGCAAAUAAAUCACAACUCAGUCACUGGAAAUUAGGCACUUUAAGGAAACAGAAGCUUGUACAUUUGGGGAUCGAUAAGAUUCAGUUCUCUUUUUCUUUUACACAAGAUUCUUGGUAUUAUAUUUUGCUUUGUGAACUGCAGAGAUUAUGGAUGUAUGCACUGACUCUGAUAAAGCUUUAUAGCUAUUUUAUUUUAUUUUUUUAAGAAAGUCAGUUUUUUAACCUGUGGAUGGACUUUAAAAUAAGAUGCACAAUAGGCAUCUGGAGUUUUACACUGUAACUGGAUCCUUUUUAGAAAGUUUAUUGUUUGUUUUCUUCCUUAUUUUGCUAUAAGCAGUUUGUGCCACAAACUGACUUGGGAAUUCAAUUUCACAUCUGAUGCUCAGGGCUACUUUUAUAUUAAAAGUACUAUUGUUAAUGAUUUAAAAGAUGAAAAACAAAAAAGACUGUAAGCGGCAAUUUACAGCAGUCUCUAUAUUUAUUGGGUCUCUUUGAUAUAUAGCGAAAGCCUUUAAAUAAGUUAAUGUAAUUGCAGUUCUAUCAUUUAUGCUCAACAAAUUGCUGCCAUUUAGAUUGAGGUUUUGAGAUUUUGUUAACCUCUCUUUCCAUCCAUAAAUUCAACGUGGACUCAGAUUCACAGUUGUAUUUCUCUAACCCUUUCAGUGAAAAAUUCAGCUAUUGCAAUAAAAGAUUGAUAGAUUUUAAAAACAUAAA